AUGUCCCUCUCUCUCCAGCAUAUUGAUACUUGCGUUCCGGUGGCAGCAUUAAAGGCGUUUGGCUGGAACGAUAGAAGAUUCGUCUUUGAAGGCCAAGGCCUUUACUUCCGUGUUAUUGACGAUGCCACUGGUGUUGUCUCUGCGCAAAUUCAGGCUUUCAAAAGAAACAAUGUCCAUGGAUUUAUUACUCUAAACCAACGGUCAACCGACCAUGGCACAGGUCACAUUCAAAUGAUCGUUUGGGGUGGGCGCUCAGUACGAGCCAUUGAUUUGUUCAUGGGACCUGGUACUGAAGUUUCCUUGUCAACCUCCAGUGCCGAGUUCUAUGCCCCGGACUGGAUCAUGAGCGGAUGUGCCUCUGCUGAGAAUGGUCACCAUGGAGCGUUCAUGAUUACUGCAAAUAAUGCCAUCAUUGGGUUGGAGCUACGUAACAGAGAGGACUCGAAAAGGGAGACAAUCAUCUCCAUACACCAGCUGGCGACGAGUGUAAAGUCAAUCCUUUACUCUGCCCAUGUGAUUGCGCUCUCCCCUUUUCACGUCCUCAUGGCGUCCGGAACUGUAUUUGGAGAAAUUAUCGUUUGGUCUUGUUUCUUGAAUGGCAGUGGAAUAAGCCAGGUCAAUGCCGUUGCUUCCAUCCACCAUUUCUUCACAGGACACGACGGCUCGAUCUUUGAUGUUCGAAUCUCUCCCCAAAUUGUAUCCUUGAACGCAGGGCAGUCUGGUCGACUUUUAGCCAGUUGCAGUGAUGACAGGACCGUGAGAAUCUGGGAUAUCUCAGAUUGCGAGCGGAAAACCGCACAGGAUCCUUCCGCAUAUUCUACAGACGGGUAUGAUCUGCGAAGCACAGGCUUUGGUCUUGUUGAAGAAGGCGAGAAAGGCGUUGGAUCCGAAUCCUGCGUCGUUCAGGCAUUCGGACACAUAGCCCGCAUUUGGGGAGUCCAUUUCAGAUCCAUUCAACACGAUGAUCAAACUGGAGUGGGGCUCGUAUCUCGUGGUGAAGAUUCUACAUGCAUUAUGUGGGAUCUGACCUGGCAAUCAAUAUCCGGCGGAUCAACGCAAUAUAAUCUCAACCAAACUUCCUCGUUGCAUCCCCAUUAUGGCAAACAUAUCUGGUCCUUAGAUCUCUGCAGGCUUGGUUCUGAAACCAUUGUUUACACUGGAGGUGCCGAUGGUGCGUUGAAAAGCUUCUCCAUCGAAGAAAACGACGAUCGAUUCCAGGACAUUCACACUUUUCCCGUUGACCAACCUUCUUCGUUGCAAAAGAGGCCCCACAAAAGUCAGGGAUUGAAAGCAUCUGCCUUUGUCUCUCACGACUGCCUGCUUGGGUGUUCUGCACAAGGUCAAGUCCAACUUGGAUAUUUGAACGGCAUGGAGACAAACAUUACUUGGAAGGAGUUAUGCAUCCAGCCUGAGCUGGCUUCUUGGGUGUUGAUGACUAGUGAGCCUCGCAAAGGCCUAGCAUUAAUCAGCAAUGCCCGAGGACUAAUUCGAUUGUACAACCACAGCACAAAAUCGAUUGUUGAAAUCACAGAACUUGGCACACGGCCUCUCAAUAUGUUCUUCCUUGAAGCCCAGGCACCGGAAACAGAAACCUCAGACCCAUUCAAGGGCUUUACGUUCUUGGUCUGUUAUACGGCAGAGGAGAAGAUUACGCUUGUCACAGUCUCCGAUAGGAACAGCAAUUGUCCAAAUGUCCAAACAUCUACGAUCGGCGUACCGCCUUCAUUCGUGGCGGCCAGUGCAGCUCUAGUCUUUAAUGGUCAAUACUUGGCUGUCGGCUCCAAGGGCGGCGGACUUGGCAUAUUUGAAACAUUCAAUGCUGACAUAGGUUCGUGGCCAGUGUUUUUUGAUCGACGUGUUCAUGGCAAGGAUUUUGUCAAUCACCUGAGCCUAAUUUCAUCUGUUGCUGGAGCGAACGGUUCAAGGGUUGAAUACUUAUUAAGCUGCGGUCGUGAUGGCACAUAUUGCGUUCACGAACUCGAGCUGCGCGAAGACAGAGAACAGGCAGUCUCAAUGCAAACAGUGCAUCGCACCGCAUCUCUGGUUGGAGGUAAUAUCGAAGGGGGCUAUUUCGACAAAACGACCGGCCAUUUCAUGUUGUAUGGCUUCAGAUCUCAAGACUUCGUCCUCCGCAACGAGUCUAAGUUGACAGAUGUUGUGACGGUUGCUUCUGGUGGUUUCCGUCGAGCCUGGGCUUUCCACCCAGGAACCAAGGAUAGUGAUGCUUUGUUCACAUGGAGAGACCAGGGUGCAUUGCAGACCACCCGUAUACGCCAUGACGCCCGCUGCUUGUUGAGAGCUGGGGCUCAUGGACGAGAACUUAAAUCAGUCGACCCUCUGCUUGCCACAGGCGCAGAGGACACUACCGUUCGUCUCUUCAAAUCGGCCCCUUCAACGACUGCUACUUCAAGGACUGCCUUUGAGUGCCUGCGUGUCUUGGAUACACACAGAUCUGGUAUUCAGCAAGUGACCUGGUCCAAGGAUGGAAGAUACUUGUUUACCAGUGCUGCAUAUGAGGAGUUCUUUGUCUGGAGAAUUAGGGAAGUUCCCUCGUUCGGAAUCGCCACAAAGUUAAUUGCGGCCAGCCCCAAAGAGGAUGCAGACUCAGAUCUCCGGAUUCCUAGUUUCGAUAUACUAGAAGUAGAAGAUUACGAUGGGAAACAGAGCUUCAUUGUGUGCCUUGCUCUAGCGAACUCCACUCUCAAGAUCUUCCACUUCUCGCCAUCUAAUGAGGGCAGCUUCACCCUUCUGGCUUCUGGGCGAUACACGACGAACUGUUUGACCCAAGCACACUUCUUGGUGAAAGACUCGUCCGUGAGCCUUAUCACUGCAGCCACUGAUGGCCACUUCACGUUCUGGGAUUUGACCAGCACCCUCGAGCCAUUCUACACGAUCACUCAGUCAAGCUUGAAGGCCAAAAAGCCGCUCGAUGGCUUCUCUUUCUCACCGGAAAGCAUCACAUGCGAGAGCCGAUAUCAGAUUCAUUCCAACAGCAUCAAGGCGCUGGAACUAGUUCCAAUUUCCGAAACGAACACUGUUAUCGUGGCUGGAGGCGAUGACAACUCAAUCUCUGUCUCUCUUCUCACGACGCCGUCUGGUUCAGGCGUUAGUGCGCAGGUUACCACGGUGUCCAUUCCCGACGCGCACGCAGCAGCAGUGACCGCAGUAAAGGUGCUUAGCCAGCAUGUGUCUCGGGAUGUUGCCUCCAACAUCCAAUCUGCAAAGAUUACUGUCGCAUCCUCUGGAAACGAUCACCGAGUCAAGGUUUGGGCGAUCACCGUGGACCCCACACAGCUUGGCACGCAGGGGAUCACACUCGAAUUCUUACUGGACAGAUACAGCUCUGUGGCCGAUAUAUCGUCAUUGGGGCUUAUUCAUGGAUCUGGACGUGACCCCUCUGCUGAAUCUGAUGUUUCUGCUUUGAAAGAGAAUCAAGCGAAGCUGGUGGUAGGCGGGGUUGGCAUGGAGAUGUUUGGUGUCAAGUUGUAA